AUGACUAGACCCAUAAUUCCUACAAUUGAGAUCAAAGAAACUCAUACGCACAUCCCCGUACUUGGGUUUGGUACUGGUACCCAAUGGCGUAUAGCUAAGCGUGAAGGUGAGACGAAGGGUCAAUUCAUCGAUAAACUUGUAGAUCAGUUGGUAACAGCUGUUGACUUAGGUUUUAACCACAUCGAUACUGCAGAAUUCUACUUGACUCAUGAAGAAGUAGGAGAAGCUCUUAGAAGAUCUCAACUUCCUCGCGAUAAGCUGUUUAUUACGGAUAAAUACAACCAAGGCGCUUGGACUGGCCUUGAUUGCUCAGGACCCAUCCAAGCAGCUAAAAAAGGAUUAGAAGCUCUAGGUAUUAAAUAUUUUGAUCUUUACAUGCUCCACAGGCCCGAUAUCACAAAGGAAAACGCUGGAAUCGAUCUUCAAGAGGCAUGGAGACAAGUGGAGGAGCUUUACGAAGCUGGAAUCGCUAAAGCAAUCGGUGUCUCCAAUUUUCCUCUGGAGACUUUAAAACAGAUGGAAAGCUACUGCAGAUAUCUCCCCAUGGUUCACCAAGUUGAAUUCCAUCCGUAUUUGCAAAAUCAAUCUCCUGGUGUCGUAGAGUGGUGUCAAAACAAGCAUAUUGUUGUAGAGGCGUAUUCACCAUUGGCACCAUUAUUUAGAGCAAGACCGGGACCAUUAGAUGAUAUUUUACCAAAUCUGAUGAAGAAGUACGGUAAAAGCGAAACUCAAAUAGUAUUGAGAUGGGUCAUUGAUCGUGGUAUCGUUGCCCUAACUACAUCUUCCAAAGAAGAACGCAUACAUGAGAUUUUGGGGACGCUUGAUUUUGAAUUAGAAAAGUCUGAUGUGGAACUGAUCAAUGAAGUCGGUAGCAAGAAACAUUUCCAAUGGUGUUUACCUCAUUUUUUCGAUGUUUACAGAUCUUAA